UUGCCACGUUGCCUGACUCGUCAUGUCUUUGCCAAGAUCAUCGUCCUCUUCCUUUAUAUUCCCAGUCUCCGCAACUUUGCACUUCAUUCUCAUCCUUGUCUACAUAUAUCAUCAUUCCAGUCGGUUUACACUGCAAACCUGGUUCCCUAGCUUUGACACUUCGUAUCACUGUCUCUAUUCCUCCCAUCUUCGCCUGUAGAUUAGAGUACGUUAAAGGGAGGUGAGUUUCUUUGAUAAUAAUCCAUUAUAAUGGCUUCCAAGCUACUUCUUCGGCUAUUUGUUAUGGUGGUGGUGAUGCUGGUGGUGCUAGAAAUCUCCUUUGCGGGGGGCUCUGUUCACUCAGCAAGUGAUCAGGAAGGUCGUGACUCUGAGGAAGCAAAGAACAAGGCGAAACAUGAGCAGGAUAAAGAGGCAGAGACGGCGCAAGAGACCAGAGAAGCUUCGGAGUCGUGGGCCGAGUGGGCUAAGGAGAAAAUUGGUUUGAAGCAAGAGGAAUCCAUGGAAACUGCGAAGAAGGCUUCUGAUAUGGCGUCUGACGCUGCAAAGAAGACCAAAGACAAGUUCGAGGAGGCGGCUUCUGGAGCUGCAGGUAAGGUGAGAGAUGUAAAAGAUGGGACAACAGAGAAGGUCGGGGAUGCUAAAAAUGCUGCUACAGAGAAGGCUGGUCACAUAACAAAUCCAGCGAAGGAGAAGGCCAGUGAAGAGGCAAACGCAGCAAAGGAGAAGGCUAGUAAAAUAAAGAAUGCAGCGACCGAGAAAGACAGCGAAACAAGAAAUGAGGCAAAGGAAAGGGCCAAUGAAGCAAAGGAAAGAACAUCCCCGAAGGCAGAAGAAGCAAAAGAAGAGGCGCAUGAAACCUUAGAGACAGACAAGCAGAGGGCGCAUGAAAUUAAAGACAAUAUAGCCGGUCGAGGCCGUGCUGAGGAACUCUGAGCUGAUCCACGUGCAAGAUAUAUUAUAUAUAUACGGCACGCAGAUUUACGUUUGAUCUUCUAUUGCUGAUCAAGUUCUGCAGAUUGUUGUAUAUGAGUUUCUGAGGAUGUAAUUCGUGGUUGUGUUUGGUGUAUUUCUGUUGUGAGAAUAUCUUCUCACCGGUCUUUCUCUCAAUAAUAUUUUGCCACGUAGCCGACUCA